AUGAAGAAACUGGCUGUGUUGAAGGAUGGGUUCCAACUGGACUCUGGGUCUCAGCAGGAGCUCUGGGGCAGCUCUCCCUCUCUCUCCAACUCUGAGCUGUCAAUCAACCGCCUCUUCUCUGACGCUGGAUCACAGACAGACGCACCGGCUGAGGUUAUGUCCAGCAACAACAAACUGGCAGAAAAGGUUCGUCUGAGUCUGAAAUAUGAAGAGGCCAAGAGAAGGAUCGCCAACAUCGAAGUGCAGAUUGCAAAGCUGGACAGUGAGGCGUGGCCCGGCCUGCUAGACCCGGAGCGCGACCGUCUGAUCCUGAUCAAUGAGAAAGAGGAGCUGCUGAAGGAGCUGCAGUUUGUGAGACCACGAACGCGACUUGAGCCCAAUGACGCAGAGAAGCUGGAGACGCAGAAGAAACGUCUGGAGAGAGACCUGCAGGCCGCGCGGGACAGCCAGAGCAAGGCCCUGACCGAGAGGUUGCGUCUUCACUGUAAGAGGAACAAACUGGUCCGUGAGCUGGAGGAGAUGGUUCGGCUGGCCUCGUCUCUACACUCUCAGCUCAAAAGUCUCUCGGCCAGCACGCUCUCUUGCUCGUCCGGCAGCAGUCGUGGCUCUCUCACUUCAUCGCGUGGCUCUCUGGCCACCACCUCCAGCCUGGGCUCCACCUCCUCCCUCAGCUACACCGACCUUUACAUGGAGCAGCCCGAACUGCAGGACCCGGACUUCCAAAACAAACUGGACUUGCUGCUCCAAGAUGGCAGCCAGGCGGGUUACAGACCCUCCAGCUCUAUCCCAACCAUUCACCGAGCACGAGGUGGGUCACGAAUUGCACGGAACGGGAAAAUGUUGAAAAUCCCGGGAAAAGAUGAAAUUCCUGGUCUGAACCGCAUACAAAAACUUUCAGAGACGCCAAAAUCUAUGAGCUCGCUGUCCCCGCGCUCUUCCCUGUCAUCGCUAUCCCCUCCAUGUUCGCCGCUGGUCACGGAGGCGGCGUUCCUGUCCGGAGAGGCGUUCCCGGGACAGGCGGAGGGGGCGGGACUAGAUCUGGAGCUGCACAGUCGGUUGCAGGAGCUGGAGAUGAGCCUGGAGACGGAGCAGAGGCGAGAGGAGCAGAGGGGAGGGGUCUCGGAAGACAGGAAGGGAGGAGCUCUAAACGAAGAAGGCAAAGAUGCCCUCACUCCGAGAGGAGCCGUUCAGAAGAAGAGUGGAGUGACCUCAGCUGUGUCUGACGAGUCUGUGGCCGGAGACAGUGGGGUCUAUGAACCGUGCUGAGCGGAGGUGAGGUCUGGCGUUCUCUCAGAGCUGGAGGAGCGUCUGUCUGCAGGCUGCGCUCAGGUCCAGAUCAGCCUCAGGUUUGAGUCCAGAGACCAGAGAUUCACUGUGUUUUUGACACAGUUGUCUAACUGCAGAGCCCUCAGUCUGCCACACAACCACAAAAUUUACGUACGUGUGGCGGUGCUGCCGUGCAUCGGGACCAGCCGUUGUCUGUUCAGAACUUGUGCUGCUUUGCCUCAAGAAAUAACAGACUUUAACGAAGUGUUUGGGAUGCAGAUCUCCCAUAAUGCACUGCGGCAGAAAACGCUUCGUGUCGAUGUCUGCCACACCAGCAAAACGGGACGUGAGGAGGUUUUGGCAGGAGCUCAGAAGUUGGCUGACCUCAGCUGUUCAGAGGAGAGAAGCACAAAGUGGUACAACCUCCUGAGUCACUCGUUUGAUAUGAACUCCAAAGACAAAGAGGGCGCCACAAACCGAUGGAGAUCAGGUAAACACUAUAAAAAGAAUCGUCUUUCCAGUGAAAGAAGUAGAGCUCCAGAGGAAGAGGAAUGGAAACAUUUUCGAGAUGAAGGAGGAGGCGGAGAGACAGAGGAAAGAGCAGAAGAGGAGGAGGAUGAUGAGGAGUUUUACCCUGAGGACGGUCCAUUCACAGAGACUGAACCAGAGAAACCAACCACCAGACCUGCACACAAACCUCCUGCUAACAUCACUGAGAAGGUGAACAAGGAAACGAAUGUGGAUGACCUACUGUCAGCUCGCCCUGUGGUUCGGCCCAAAGAGCGGCGCCCGGACAUGCCCCCAAGUCAGAGCGGGCAGAUGAGCUUCCUCAGAGGCAACACCAUUAUUCGCUCCAAAACCUUCUCCCCCGGGCCUCAGAGCCAGUAUAUCUGUAGGAUAAACCGCAGCGACAGUGACUCGUCCACUUUGUCUAAAAAAUCUCCUUUUGUGAGAAAUGCCUCAGAGAGACGCAGCAUGAGGAUGAAAAAGCCCACAGUGGUGGUGAAGCCCCUCGACGGCCUUCUCCGCACCUCCUUGGACUUGGAGCUGGACUUGCAGGUGACCCGGACUCGACAGGCACGUUUGACCCAAGAGCUGCAUGUGCUGAGGGAGCUGAAGAGUCAACUGGAGAGGGCGCGGCAGGAGGGGCAGAGAGAGCUUCCCCUAUGGGUGAAAGAGGAUGAGCGCUUCAGGCUGCUGCUGCAACAGGCCGAGAAACAGACUCGCGAGGAACAGCUUCAGGAGCAGAGAGUGGGAAAGAUGAUGAGAGCUGCGGCGAAAGACGUGAACAAGAUGAGAGUUCAGAGCCGUAAAGAGGUCCCCGAGGUGCAGACCUUCAGGGAGAAGAUGGCAUUCUUCACUCGAGCUAAAUCCACAAUCCCAGAUCUACCUGCGGACAACGUGUGAGAGGCACAUUUCAAAGUAUUUCUGCUCUCCAUCUGCUGCUGCUGCUGAUGCUGCUGCUGCUGCGGUGGCGUUUAGUGAUGAAGCAAACAUGGUGGUGUUAUGAAGUUGUACAGGAAUCAUGAUCUACGUUAGCAUUAGCACUGUUAGCUUUUACCCUGUCUCCUCUUCUGUUUCUCUCUUGUUUUAAUGGCGUUACUGUUACUAACACACUGUCUAUACCCGCUUUUAGACUUUUGAAUCAUUCCAGCACAUAUCCACUCACUAUUGAAUCGUAUGAAGGAUGAAUGUUUUUAAAAAUCAUGGUACUGAUUUAAAACAUAUCAAGAAAACACAACAUAUUUAUAUCCUUAGAGACAACAGCACAAGAAAAAGAUCUGAUAAUUAUUGAAUUUCUGUGGGCUACAAAAACAUAUUGUACAUAUACAGGGCCCUCCACAAAUACUAGCAGCAGCAAAGACGGAAAAAAUAUUAUUGUUUUAGCAUUUAAUCUAAACUUUUAGAUUUCAUAAAAUGUAACUAGUGAAUCCAACAAUUCUCCCAAAUCCUUUCUUUCAUUUUUCUUUUUUUUUUUUUUGACACGGUUGUGUAAAGGUUAAAAAAUCUUUUCACCAUAAAACUGGUUUAUAAUUUUGAAAAUGUAUAAUUAUAAAUAUAUCACAUACAGUUUAAACCAUAAAAAUACAGUUUCAAGUUUCAAAUUAAGUUUCAAUCACUAGUUUACUAUGAAUGUAGUUGCACAAAAAGGGGGCCCUAAAUGGACUCACAGCUUCCAUAAUAACACUAUAAACUCAAUUCUGAUCUUCACUUGAAUUUAUAUUUUAAACUAUGAAAAUAAAAACUGGGAAUUAUUCAAAAAUAUAUCACAAAUCGCAAACUGGAUUUCACUGUUUUAAAUGUUAUCCACUGCUACAAUAAGAAUGUAGAAAUAGCACUACUAAGUCACUCAGGUGGAGCUGCACUUUACACAACUGGAAAUGUGGAAAACAUGGAAAAAUAUGGGUUAAAAAUCUUGUGCUGAGUCAGUGAUUGUAAAAAGAAAAGAUGAAUGUUCAGUAACUGUGAAUUAUUGUCAGUUUCAGCCAAUAAGAACUUGUCAGAAGGAACGGUGUUUUGAUGUCAUGCUGGGUGAUAUUAACAAAAAUCUCUAUUUUUUUUCCCCAUUAACCAGAUAUAAUAAUCAGAUAUUUUUGCAAUCCAUCAGAAAUGUGCUUAAACGUGCCUGUAAAUGACUCAGUUGAGGUUUCAAGUAUUGCACAAAAAACAAAUGCACUGCUAAAUUAAACCCCACAAAAAUGCAGAAAUAUCGCCUUGUAAAGUAGUGUAGAGGAUUACACUGCAGGUUUCUGUUGUUUUAUUGCUAUCAGCUAUUUUGCAGAUUUUUACAAUUUUCUUAUAAUAUACGAUAAACUUAAUACUCUAAUUUUGCAACAAUUUUGAUAUUAUCUUGCGCACAAUAUAUCGUUCAUCUCUAUUUUACCCGAUAUGUUUGAAAAGGAUCUGGCUGCAGUCCAGGAGGAGACUGUACCUCUAAAGUGCAUAUGACAGGUUAAACUACUGAAAUUUUACUAGUAUUUUUUUGUAGUUUUUCAAUUUUGGUGACAUUUAUAGUUUUAAUUCCUGAUUGGAGUAACAUCAGACAUGACAUUCAUUGAGGCAAUUCCAUAAUUGUAACCUUCCAACCAUAAUAGUUUAGAUUAGACUAAUAAAAUAAAUGGCUACACCUUUGUUUAGUUAAAUGAAGGUUUAAACUGUCAGACAAACAUUGCCUGUGCAUUUUGGAUAGAUUUUUUUUUAUGUUGAUGACAUAGGUAGAGGGAUCCAGAACUCACUGCUAUUUUAUGUAUUUUUGUACUGUACUUCUCAACUAUUAUUAAUAUUUACCGCAGGUACUAUCCCACCAAACCCAGACCUAGUAAUAAUUAGAAAAACCUGAAAACCUGUCAUAUGCACUAUAAGCCUAACCCUAAACUACCAACUUAACCUUGUAGCGAUUGGGAAUUAAUACAUUGUUCAGAAAAGAUUUUGUAUUUGGCACUUGAUUUGACAUAGAAAAUCUCCACACUUCAGCCAAUGGAGCUACACUUUUACUCCAUACAGCGGCUGCACUUAGACUCAUGAUAGAGUCAUGUUGUCAUCGCCAUGAAAAAAACUAGAGGACAUUUAUGUAUCUAAUAGGAAACAAGGUCCUUAGUCUUAGUUAUUGUUUUAAAAUUUACUUACAGUGUAUUUUUAUUGGAUACCAGAUUUGUUGUCCUCGAUAAGUAGUACUUUAAAAAUGUUUGAAAAAAGCAUGUCAGUAUUUUGAGUUUGGUUAAAUUAGUUCAUUAAGAAAAAUAUAUAUAAAAAACAAAUCUUUUGUCAUUAUGCUGAUUAUAAAAAUGCUAAAUUCUUUUUGACAGUAAUCACUAAACUAUAAUAUUUGACUCUCCCUUUUAAAAAUGUAUUUUCAAAAAGUGAUUAGUUUUUGUUUUCACUGGAGAGAAAAUGUUAAAUAUGGUGGAAUUAUUGAGUCAUUCAUACAUUUUUCAUGGAGGAAUUCAGAAACUCAACUGUAGUGAGUUUGUUUUCUGAUUGUACUUUCAGUCACGACUCCACAGUUUCCACGGUAACCCUCUGGAGCGUGUCAGCUGCAGACCUUGGCGUUUCACUUUUCUGACAUCUUUAUUGAGUUUAGUAAAGGAAAAAUAAUAACUUUAACUUCUGAAUUCAGUGUCUAGCUUCACUGGAAAGAAACCCACAUCAUUCAGACAUUUCGUCCAACUUAAUUUACUAAAACAAAAAUUAGUAUUUACUAAGUUUGUUAAUGGUUAAAAAACUGUCUCUAUAAUAUUUGUACAAACAGAAAUUAUUUUUACACUGAGAUAUGAAAGUCAUAUCUAGUGAUAGGAGCACAAAAACUGACAAACAUUGUCUAUCGUUUUGGUUUUGUUAAGUCAUCACAACAAGUACACUAGAAAUCCUUCCAUUUUGUUGUUUAAAGGAACUGUGUGUAAGAUCCUAAUUUUAAUUUCCUAAAUUUUACUUAUCUCUGUCUCCAAAUAUGACAUGGUCAAAUCAGUUAUGGCUUUUACUGAUAAUAAUUGGAAUGCAGAUUUAUUCUUGAUUACAAAAACACCAGUCCCAUUUAUGCUAGAAUUUGGUGUUUCAGUUCUCAAAACAAUCAGAAAGCAGAUUGAGCCUCACAUGAGUCUUAUCACUUGGGUUGCCUGUUUUGAUGCUGAAAUCCACUUGGUUUCAACCCAAAAUGAUCUGAAUCACCACCUAAACCCCAGCACCUGCAGCCAAUCAUGAAUCAGUGCUAGUUUUUUACACUGCUAGAGAGUGCAGGCUGCAUACAAUUCCUUUAAAAGAAAAAGAAUAACCAAUACAAAACAUGCAUAAACAAAACUUGGAUUUUUGAUCAGGAUUAAAUCCUGGUAAUAUUUAAAAACAAUAUCAAAAUCUGUGUUAAAUGUGCUUUUGUUUUCCCCUGCCUUUUACAUGUAUGUAAUAUGUUUCAAGUUUUCUUCUUUUAUUUCUGUUCAUCUGUAUCCACUGAAGCUCAAGUACAAUUUAAACAUUUUAUCAAGAAAAUGUUGCCCUUUUCACCUUUUACUAGACGUUUACUUGAAAAUGUAACAGUAUGUAGAGUCAAAUGACCAUCUCAAUCAAGUCGAGACUCAAAUGAAGGAUUGUAGCUGCGGAAUUGUCAAAAUAUCAAAUGCUGUUAGUCUCAAAUGAUUAUUUUUUCAUUGAAAAGGAUGUGAUAUAAUAAUUUUGAUGUUUUUUUGUUAUAAAGUGCAUUUUUUCUGUUUUAUUUUUCUAAUCUGAGAAACUGGAGGAGGCUUGGACAAACAGGAAGCAUGUAUUUAUUGUGAUUUGGGUGUUGCGUUUCCUUGUAAUGUUUUUUUUUUUCCUCUUCUUUUUGACAGUCCUCCCAAAAGCUGUGAAUUAUUUUCUCGUUGUUCUGUCGACCAGAGUUGUAAAUAUUUCACCAGCACAGAAUAAAAGCAGACGUUAUGUUUUAUAGUUUCACAACAAAUAAAAAAGGUCUUCUCUUCU